GAAAUAAAUACAGGGCCAUAUUUCUUUCGCGAGAAAGUUAAUAUAAUCGUUCGCAUCCCUAGCGCUUCUUCUGAGCGCUUUCUUAUCGACGACGUCAUCCUCAAAAAUGGACACAAUGACAUUUGACGACGAGCCACCGCCUGAACCGCGGGAAGGCUGGCUACUUGUACGCGUGUUCGUUCCCGAGCUGAAUGUCCACAAGAGCCUCCAGUUUCCAUCGGAUAAGAUCGUAUGGGAUGUGAAGCAACAAUGUCUCGCCUCGUUGCCGAAGGAACUGAAAGAAAGCUUCAACUAUGGAUUAUUCUCUCCACCAUCAAACGGUAAAGCCGGCAAAUUCCUGGAUGAAGAACGGCGGUUAGGGGAUUACCCAUUCAACGGACCAGUGGGCUACUUAGAGCUAAAAUAUAAACGACGUGUCUAUAAGAUGCUCAAUCUAGACGAACGUCAACUGAAAGCGUUGCACACUCGGGCCAAUUUGCGGCGCUUCAUUGAGUGUAUAAACAGCGGCCAGGUGGAAAAAAUCGCCAAGAUGUGUGCCAAAGGGUUGGAUCCGAACUUCCACUGUCAGGAAACGGGCGAAACGCCGCUUACCAUUGCUACCGGUUCGAAAAAACCCAACAAGCUGUUAAUCGCGCUCGUAAACGGUGGAGCCCUGCUCGACUAUCGGACCCGGGACGGUGCCACCGCACUACAUCGAGCCGUUGAACGCGACAGUCUGGAAGCAGUAAGCACACUUUUGGAACUGGGAGCAUCGCCAAAUUAUCGUGAUACGAAGGGCCUAACGCCGGUAUACUUGUCUGUAACACGGAGAACAGAUCCCAAAAUCAGUGAAGUACUCUUACACGAUCAUGCCACACUAGGCAUACAGGACAGUCAAGGCUGGCAGGAAGUGCAUCAGGCUUGUCGGAACGGGUUAGUUCAUCAUUUAGAGCAUUUAUUGUUCUACGGUGCGGAUAUGGAUGGUCAAAACGCUUCCGGCAAUACGCCGCUGCAUGUUUGCGCUGUUAACAAUCAGGAGGCUUGCGCUAGAAUGCUACUCUUUCGUGGUGCCAACAGAGGCGCACUAAACUAUGCCAACCAGACACCGUACCAGGUCGCCGUUAUUGCUGGUAAUCUCGAGUUGGCUGAAAUGAUUCAAAAUUAUAAAAACGAGGAUAUUGUCCCAUUCCGUGGACCACCACGGUACAAUCCUAGGCGUCGUUCUGGGUUAGGCUGGGGAUCGACUCUAUCCCGCAUAUAUGGUGGACCACCGUCCCCCUGCCCGUCCGAGCAUCCGUUUAGUUCCGCUAGUUCCAGCCUGUCGGAAGGUUCCAGCCACCGAAGCCAUGAAGAUGACAUCAGCAUAGUAACAGAUAAAAGUCUCGGUGACACAAGUGAUAUCAUCAGCGACUCGUCCGGCGUGGGAACGAAUUCAGACAGCGCUGCCUGUUCAAUUGGUCAUCCAAGCACAACAGUCGUCUGCAUGGAAGGUUACGAUACGGGACUUUCGGGACACAUUCACAUACAACCGGGCGAUGUAAUAGAGGUGGUUGGAUCGACCGACUGUGGUCUACUGGAAGGGUUUGUACGUGGUACAAAUAAGACGGGUUUCUUUCCGGCCAGUUGUGUGCAAGAGGUGCAGUUCCGUCAGAAGAGUAUUAUAAAUGUUUCCACCUCGACACCUCACCAUCAUUAUCUGAUAAAUACGAGUAGCAAUGAAAUAGUCAGCCAUGAUCUACAGCAGCAAUUGCAGCAGCAACAGCAGCACCACCAGCAGCAACAACAACAGCAACAGCCAUCUUCCCUAGACCAGCAACAGCAGCACCCUCAGCAACAAUAUAGCAGCCAAACAGCACCGAGGAUGAAGAAAUCAAUUAUUGGAGAGCCACGAACGGUGGUACUGCAUCGUGCUAAGCGUGGUUUCGGAUUUAUUCUCCGCGGAGCUAAAGCUUCUUCCCCGUUGAUGCAGCUCAAACCAUCGCCCCGGUGUCCUGCGUUGCAAUAUUUGGAUGAUGUGGAUCCUGGAGGUGUGGCGGACAUGGCUGGAUUAAAACCGGGAGACUUUUUGCUAGCCAUAAACAGCGAAGAUGUUACCUGUGCGUCGCAUGAACAUGUGGUCGAUUUGAUACGUAACUCAGGUUCGCUGGUAUCAAUGACAGUGGUAACGCUUUCGCAAAACCUUAUCAACUCAAUGAUGCUUGAAUCGUCCGAGAUUGGAAGUCAACAUUCGUCCGGAUCGGGAAUGAGCACGCCGAUCUCGUCCCGACAAUGUUCGACGUUGCCACGGCGCAUGAAUGGUGGAGUGCCGGGAAGCAACUGUAAGCAACCCGCACCGAUGCCACCACGCCGCGAUCCAAAGACUACCCUCAGCGUAGGUCGAGCACGGGCAAAGUCAAUGGUAGCGGGACUGGAGGGUGGUGGUGAAAAAGGCGUAGAAGACGAUGAUCUGCUGAAUACGACAAAAUCGACCUCCGCGGAAUCGAUUCACCAGGUACAGACACAGCUGCUGCAAGCGCAACAGUGUCAUUCGGCAAUCGGGACCCCCACUCAGACCGGACCCGGAACGCCCGUUCAACCGCGUACAGCUAGCAUCAAAUCACGACCAACAUCCAGUCGAAUAACGGCGGCUGAAUUAGAGGAAUUGUUCCAACGCCAACAAGGGGCGGACGCAAACCGGUGCUCUAUGCUCAUGUCCAGCUCAAGGUUCCAAUCGACCGGAUUCGAUAGUGGUGCUGGUACACCACCGAUUUCACCGCAGAAGGGACCGCUCGUGUAUGCGAGCGUCGCUGAAAUGAAGCGCAAAAAGUCAUCCAAAGCAGGAAUGGGUACGCUGAAGGGGCGACCGAUACCGAUACCACAAAUCGGUUCGGAUCUGAAGCGCACAUUCCACAGUACGCCUGAUCUAGCUUCUAUGUCAUCGUCCAACCAGCAUGGCGGAACUUCGUCGUCGCUGCUGUAUGGCAGCGGAUCCAGCGGUACCGGAUCGCAGUUGGCAAUCAACGCUAACGGGUGGUAUAACACCGUUGGUCAUAAGGGACACCGAUCUCAGGACGAUAUGCAUAGUCUACAUAUGUCCCUGCAAAGACUGAACCUUCCCCCGCCAAACCAUCCGCCACCGCCGCCACCCGUCGGGCAGGUUGUCAAGGUGGAUGUUUCGCGAGGCUCCGAGUACGAGUGUCUUACCGCCUUGCGCAAACACAUAGCCCAGAAAGCCAAAGUUCAAUCACAAGUACAGGAGGCAGAAGUUAUGUCCAGUUUCAAGCCUGCUUCGAACGCGAAAUUGUACGCUUCUCCGCAGGACAUUCGCAACGUUGGAUAUCGCACAGUGAACGUGGCCGGGGCUAGUCCGGCACCAUCUCUCACGGGCGCAACGACGGCUAGUGGGCCAACAGCCAGCAACGGUGCCUCCUCUUGUGGUAGCAACGGAAGCAUCAUGAACUCCUCUAAUGUUGAGCUCUGCAAAACGGCUUCCCUGCGGUCAAAUAGCAGUUCGACGAUCAGCAUAAAUUCUAGCAAUGUGACUGGUAGCGUUAAUAACGUAACAACGGUAACGAUAACAGGCAGUGGCAAUGGCAACGCAAUAGCUAGCAAUAGUGCAUCAUCGAAUCAGUAUGCACAACCUGGACGUCCAGGUUCCGCCGAAACGCAGCAACAAGUGGCCCAACCUCAAGCACUGUAUAAAUCCCCACCUAACAAUGCUCCCCCACUUCCGGAACCUGAUUACAGCUUGAGUGAAUCCGAUCCGGAUGAAGAUAAUUCCGUGCGUUUAGUGCGAACGCAUAUGAAAGCAAACGGUGAUUUGAAAACUACGCAGAACCCGGGAAUGGCAGCCGAAACAAGUGGCAACAGUAACACAAGUGGUAGCUCGACUGGCUCCAGCUCAAUGCCUCAUUCAUUUUCGGUGGAAGAGAUACAGAAAAUACGCACGAAGCUAAAAUCUUCCAAAUCCUACCCGAACGAUUUCUUGCGACAGCAGAACAGUCAGCAACUUCACCCAGGAGCCGAUCACGGUGCAUCCGGCGGACCGCACGAGGAAGGUGACAAUUCGUCGUCCGGUGUGAGCAGCGAUCAAGAAGUAACGAUCACCUGUAACGAUACCUUGAAGCAGCAGCCAAAACCAUCCUUCCCGAAACAGGUGGUUGGUGUAACUGCUUUAAAAACAAAUGUGAGCACAGGGGCGUCUGGUUUAAAUGAACCAAAGAAGGUGACAUUACAGCUAGGGUCCACAGUGGUGAACACAAAGUUGAAACCGAGCAACAGUCUCCCGGAACGAAGAAGUGACGGAGACGACAAUGAGGACGGUGAUCCAGACGGCAACGAUAGUCCCAGUCCACCGGCGACAGGCUUUCAACGGCAUAAUUCCCUCACAAGGAAACAAGCGGCCACAAUAGCAGCAAACCGGGCCAAGGCAAAUCAACAAAAUCUACAGCAACGACAUGCAGUCACGUUGGCAACUCUACCGCCACCAUUAGAGGCCGCCGAUUCCGACGAAGCUGACUCUUGGUCACAUACACUGCAAACUUCGGGUGGUGAUAAUGCGGCACAGUUAGUGGAAGGUAGUGGUAUGGUAGUGUUAGCACCUCCACCUGAGUUUAGCGAUUCCACCGUAAGCCAUAGUGUACCGGUAUCGACGAGUUCCGGUGGUGUUAGCAUUAGCGUGCAAGGACACCAUUCUCACCAGCAUACGCAUCAGCACCAUCAGCAUCAGCAUGUUCAUCAUCAUCAUCAGCAUGCUGCAAGUGGAGCACUGGUGCUCGGUGGCCACAAUCCAAAUUGUAAGCGGGUCCGUAUCGUUGGGGCUGUUCCGAAGGUCAAUCGCAUGAAUAGUCAGUAA